CUGUUCCCACACUGGAAGCGAGUUGAAUCCGGAGUCACCCCACUGGCCGUUGUUGAGGAUAUCACACCAGACUGCAAACAUGGUUGAGAAUUUUGUUGGGACAUGGAAGAUGAUUUCCAGCGAGAACUUUGAUGACUACAUGAAGGCAAUUGGUGUGGGAUUUGCAACCCGGCAGGUGGGGAACCGGACCAAGCCCAAUUUGAUAGUGACCGUGGACGACCAAGGGAUUGUAUGCAUGAAGUCUCAGAGCACCUUCAAAACUACUGAAAUCAAGUUCAAGCUGAACGAGCCGUUUGAGGAGACCACCGCCGACGAUAGGAAGACAAGGACCGUGGUGACGCUGGAGAACGGCAAACUUGUGCAGAAACAGAGCUGGGACGGCAAAGAGACGAAUAUCGAGAGGGAGAUCACAGAUGGCAAAUUAGUAGCGAAAUGCAUAAUGGGAGACGUGAUCGCAGUGAGAACUUACGUAAAGGAGGCGUGAUUGGGGUCCCCUCAGCCCACUCCUUGGAUGCAUUGCUGGAUGACAGGCUCAGUUCAAUGAGCGUAAUACCAAACUGAAGUAAUGGUGUGUUCUGCUCUUCUUAUUCUUUAUCUUCACUGUGUUGCCAAAAAUCAAAUUUCUGUGCCUCUGUUCUCCAACAUGACACAUUUGGUUUCAUUUGGAAUUGUUGUGGUGAUUUGAAUAAAAAUGAAUGACAAACUGUCAGAAAUGAU